GGUUAAGUAACCGUUACAACCGUGGCUCUACCAUUCUCCUUUCUCUCUCUGUGUUCUCCGCCACCGUGCCUCUUCACAACCCACCUCUCUUUUCUUCUCCGGUCACCGGAACAGAUUACCAAAUAUGCCAGCAGCUGGCUUCGGCCCUGGUCCUUGUACCGGAAAGGAAUAUCCCGGUGACCUCACCCUCUAUGUCACCCUAACAUGCAUGGUUGCAGCCAUGGGUGGUCUCAUCUUCGGUUACGAUAUCGGAAUUUCCGGUGGAGUGACAUCUAUGGAUUCGUUCUUGAAGAAGUUCUUUCCAUCUGUGUAUGAGAAACAAAAGGCAGAUAGUUCGACGAACCAGUACUGUAAAUUUGACAGUUUCACUCUCACUAUGUUCACUUCUUCUCUGUACUUGGCUGCUCUGUUAUCGUCGCUUGUUGCUUCGACAGUGACGAGAAAAUUGGGAAGAAAAUUGUCCAUGUUGUUCGGAGGUGUACUGUUCUGCGCCGGAGCUCUCAUUAAUGGGUUCGCUCAAGCUGUCUGGAUGCUAAUCGUUGGUCGUAUUUUGCUUGGUUUUGGCAUCGGAUUCGCCAAUCAGUCUGUGCCACUAUACCUCUCCGAAAUGGCUCCUUACAAGUACCGUGGUGCACUCAACAUAGGGUUUCAAUUGUCGAUCACAAUCGGGAUAUUGACAGCCAAUGUGUUGAACUACUUUUCCGCCCAGAUCAAAGGUGGUUGGGGAUGGCGGUUGAGCUUGGGGGGAGCGGUGGUCCCUGCCCUCAUAAUCACGAUCGGAUCAUUAAUCCUUCCUGAGACGCCCAACUCGAUGAUAGAGCGUGGCAAGACUGAUGAAGCCAAAUCUAAACUCCAAAGAAUUCGUGGUGUUGAUGAUGUUGAUGAAGAGUUCAAUGAUCUUGUCACGGCUAGUGAGGCAUCUAAGAAGGUGGAACAUCCAUGGAGAAACCUUUUGCAAAGGAAAUAUCGACCCCACCUGACCAUGGCCAUCCUCAUUUCUUUUUUCCAACAACUCACCGGCAUUAAUGUCAUUAUGUUCUAUGCACCGGUCUUAUUCAACACUAUUGGUUUUGCAAGCAAUGCCUCACUUAUGUCAGCUGUGAUCACUGGUGGUGUGAACGUUCUCGCAACACUAGACGCUUUUUAUGGCGUCGAUAAGUGGGGAAGACGGUUUUUAUUCCUCUUGGGGGGCACUCAAAUGUUCCUUUGUCAAAUUGCAGUUGCGGCUUGCAUUGGUGCUAAGUUCGGGGUCAAUGGGACCCCAGGUGACUUGCCCAAGUGGUAUGCUAGUGUUGUGGUGCUUUUCAUAUGUAUCUAUGUUGCUGGUUUUGCGUGGUCAUGGGGAGCUCUUGGUUGGUUAGUACCUAGUGAAAUUUUCCCACUCGAAAUCCGUUCAGCAGCACAGAGUAUCAACGUGUCGGUCAACAUGAUUUUCACAUUUGCAGUCGCUCAAGUCUUCUUGACAAUGCUCUGUCACUUGAAGUUUGGUUUGUUCAUCUUCUUCGCGUUCUUCGUGGUGGUGAUGACCAUUUUCGUGUUCUUCUUCGUGCCCGAGACAAAGAACAUACCAAUUGAAGAAAUGGUGAUUAUAUGGAAGGAACAUUGGUUCUGGUCGAGGUUCAUGAUCGAAGUUGAUUACCCAGCUAAUGGAGCCAUUGAGAUGGACUAGGAUGGCAAAGCAACGAAAAGAGAAAAGUUAGGGAUCAUGAAAUUUUUUUUCAUGAAAAUGAUCAUGAAAGAUUUGUGAUUUUUGGAUUACCUUGGUUAGUAUGUGGUACUUUAUUCUAAGUGUAAUCCAAGGGUCACAAAACUUUCAUGAUUAUUUUCAUGAUACCUAGCAUUGCUGCUACGAAAAAUGUGUGACCCGUGAUGAAUUCAUUUUGCGGCAUACGUAUACAAUCCGCGAGGGAUAUAGAUAGAGCACUACAACAAAAGUUACUAUUUACGGUUUUGCGUUUACGGCAUGCAUCAAAAGAAUGUUAUAAUUAGUGAAUUCUACGACAUUUAUUUUUGACAAGUCAUUAAUACUUUGUAAAAAAUGGCAUACAUACUAUGUAUAUCGUUGAUUCAUAUAUUUAUGACAAACAAAAAUAUGCCAUUGAAAACAUUUACUUUCAGGGCUUGUAAAAAUAUGCCGUGAAAUG